AUGAGUCCUUCAACAAUGGCCAUCCUUAUAGUCUUCCUCGUAUUCAUCUGGUAUCUCAUCACUACAGCCUCAAAACCAAAGCACAAAUCAAAGCUACCUCCUGGCCCUUGGUCACUACCAAUCAUUGGUAACCUUCAUAUGCUAGGCAGCCUCCCACACCGUAGCCUCCAACAUUUGGCCAAAAGAUAUGGACCAAUAAUGUCUAUUCAUCUUGGCAAUGUACCUGUGAUAGUAGUCUCAUCUCCAAAAGCUGCAGAGCUGUUCCUCAAAACCCAUGACCACAAUUUUGCCAACCGGCCUAAAACCAAGGUCAGUCAGUACAUGACUUACAGUGCAAGGGAUCUGGCCUUUGCUGAAUAUGGUCCAUAUUGGCGUCAUGUGAGGAAGUUUUGCACAACCGAACUUUUUUGUUCCUCAAAAGUUCGAGCUUUUGCACUGCUGCGAAAGGAGGAGAUAGGGGUAUUGGUGCAGUCACUGAAGAGAGCUGGAGAGGAAGGCCAAGUGGUGGAUAUUAGUGAAAAAAUUGGUGUGGUUAUUGAGGAUAUAAUGUAUAGGAUGAUAAUGGGUCGCAAAAAGAAUGAUUGGUUUGAUAUGAACGAAAUUAUUAAGGAGGCUAUAUCAUUGUUCGGAGCAUUCAACAUAGCUGAUUAUGUGCCAUUCCUCAGUCUGUUUGAUUUUCAGGGAUUGAGCAAGAGCUUAAAGAAAGUUAGCAAGAGAAUCGAUCAACUCUUGGAGAAGAUAAUUGAGGAGCAUGAAGCUAACAUUGAGAGGGGGAAGCAUGGCCAGCAUGAGGACUUUGUAGACGAGUUGCUUUCAUUCACAAACCAACGGUUAAACCCGAAUGAUGAGAGAUUAUUUCCUCUUGACAGAACAAAUGUGAAAGCCAUCUUAUUUGACAUGUUGAUGGGGUCUUUUGAUACUACAGCCGUUGCAACUGUUUGGACCUUUGCCGAGCUCUUGAGGCAUCCCAGGGUUAUGAAGAAACUCAAAGAAGAGCUCCAAACUGUAGUUGGUAUGGACCGAAUGGUGGAUGAGACUGAUAUGCCAAAUCUGGUUUACUUGAGUAUGGUGGUUAAGGAGGGCUUCAGACUGCACCCAGCUGCACCAUUGCUAAUCCCACAUGAAUCCGUUGAGGAUAUUACAAUCGAUGGAUACGACAUACCCAAGAAAUCGCGGAUCAUGGUAAACGUCUGGAGCAUUGGAAGGGAUCCUAACGUUUGGUCAGAAAAAGUCGAGGAAUUUUAUCCUGAAAGGUUCAUGAACAACAAUAUAGACCUCCAGGGACAUGAUUUUGAGCUCCUCCCAUUUGGAGCUGGCCGAAGAGGGUGUCCAGGUAUGCAAUUAGGGCAAACCACAGUUGGGAUAGUUCUUGCACAAGUGGUGCACUGCUUUAAUUGGGAUCUCCCCAAUUGCUUGCUACCUCAAGACUUGGACAUGACAGAGAAGUAUGGCUUAUCAUUGCGAAAAGCCAAACACUUGCUUGCCAAGCCAACAUACCUUCUUACUCUUGUGUAG